UCAGUUUUAUUUUUAGUUCUGUGAUAGUUAAGUUCGUGGCUCAUUUCUUUUGUCGAUUUGCUGAAAUUCCAAAUAAUUCGCCUCUUUAAAAUUUUAUUUUAUCAAUAAAAAUAUAUAAUUAACCUUUGCACUUCAAAAAUUUCUUUUCAAUAAAAAUAUUAUAAUGGCAGCGGUUAUUCCAUCAGUAUCAAAGCUUUCUAGUCGUAUAAUUAGGAUAUUAGGUUGCAACCCUGGUCCAAUGACCUUACAAGGCACCAACACAUAUUUAAUUGGCACAGGCAAAAAUCGGAUCUUACUAGACACUGGGGAUAAAAAUAUUAGUGAAUACCAAAAAAACCUUUUAGAAGUAGUGAAGUCGGAACAAGUAAAUAUAGAGCAUAUAGUAGUUACCCACUGGCAUCAUGACCACAUAGGUGGUGUGGAAGAUAUUUAUGGAAGUAUUGCAAAGCAACCCAAAGUUUGGAAACACAGGAGAGAUGUUCUCGACAGUCAAGACGAUGAUCUGCCAAAGUCUUACACAUUGAAUUGGCUGAAUGACGGGCAAGAAAUAAAGGUGGAAGGAGCCACUGUAAAAAUACACCACACCCCAGGACACACAACUGAUCAUGUCGUUUUAACAUUACUUGAAGAUAAUAUACUGUUCAGUGGUGAUUGUAUAUUGGGUGAGGGUACAGCAGUUUUUGAGGAUUUGUACACAUACAUGAAGAGUCUACAGAGGAUAUUAGAUCUAAAACCAAGUAUUAUUUACCCGGGACAUGGCAAUAUUGUUGAGGAUCCAAUUACUAAAAUUGGAUACUACAUAGCACAUCGCAAUCAAAGGGAGAGCCAAAUACUAGAAGCUCUUAAAGAACAUAGCGAUAAACAGUUGAAUGAAAUUGACUUGGUUAAAAUAAUUUACACAGAAACUCCAGAACACUUGUGGCCUGCGGCCGCUUACAAUGUAAACCAUCAUUUGACUAAACUCACCAAAGAAAACAAGAUCAAAUUUAUAAAUAAAGAUGGAGAAAAAAUGUGGCAAUAUCUUAGUUCAAGAAGCAAUCUGUGAGGAUGAUGAGCUGGGAAAUGUUGCUGGGAAGCACAACCAAAAACAUAUUUAUUGCAGAAAUAAUAGGUGAUCGUAUUAUAUUAAUGUAAAUAACACAUGUUUGUCAUU